AUGGAGGAUAUCAUAUCAAGAAAACCGUGGCUUUUCAAUCUGCGCUCAUCCAAGCAACUGAUCGGCCUUGCUGUAUUCUCGACCACCUUCACUGAUGGAUUCCUUUACGGGAUCAUCGUAUCCGUGCUUCCUUUCUCGUUAACGGUUCGGUCUGGAGUGCCAGAGGCUGACGUCCCAUUUUGGACAUCAACUUCUUUGGCCGUUUUUGGUCUCGCGAUGGUACUUGGAGCCCCGAUAGCAGGCUGGGUUGUUGGAAAAUGCAAGAGGCGCCAAACACCAUUUCUGGGUGGCCUUUCUUGCGCAUUCGGUGCCACCCUUGCGUUUAUGCUUGGAAUUAAGCCAUGGGUGAUCAUUGUGGCAAGGAUUUUCCAGGGUCUAUCUGCGGGUGUUGUCUACACUGCUGGAUUAACGCUGUUGGUGGACACGAUCGAGUCGCACGAGCUGGGACCCUGGAUUGGCUUCGGACUCUCGGGCAUGAAUUUUGGCGUGCUCGUAUCACCUAUUCUCGGAGGAAUUGUAUAUGAAAAAUCAGGGUUCUAUCCUGUCUUCAUCAUGGGUCUUGGCGUAGUUCUCAUCAAUUUGGUCCUCAUUUUGCUCAUGAUCGACAGGAAGACUGCUGCAAAGUAUAGAGGGCACAAUGAUUCCACUAAGAGUUCCUCCCUUCCGAAUGGAAGCUCGCCGAAGAGCGCAAUUUCAAAUGGAAAACGGCGAUUGUCAACUGUCGAAGAAGGCGACUUAACUGUCACCACACCGCUCCUUUCACACUGCCGCGAUACCUCAUCUGUGGUUGUGAAAGAUCCUUCUUGGUGGACUAUUGUCGGAGGCUUUCUUCGAAAUCAUCGCAUAUUUGCUGCGUUAUAUGGAUGCCUCAUUAACACAAUCUUAGUGAGCGCCAUGGACGCCAUCCUCCCGAUUUUUAUCAAGCAGACCUUUCACUGGUUUUCCAGCGCUACGGGGGCCAUGUUUUUAAAUUUGACCAUUCCAUCAUUGAUAGGUCCAUUUGUUGGAAUGAUCUCAGACAAAUACGGUGUCCGAUUGAUCUCCGGUCUCGGUUUUACGUUGGCAGCCAUCGCAGUCGCUCUUCUCGCCCUGAUAAAACAUAACAAUACUACAAAUAAGGUUAUGGCGUGUGUACUAUUAUCUUUUGUUGGGAUAGGGCUAAACACAUCGCUGACCCCGUUAGUGGCGGAAAUUCCUCGCGUUGUGAAUACUUUGCAAGAGGAGCAGCCUGAUAUAUAUGGCGAUAAGAGUGCAGUCACCGAGGCUUAUAUGCUCCUUGACGCAGCAUUUGGCGCUGGUACUGUCCUCGGCCCAUUGCUCUCAGAGCUUGCGUUUGAAAAUUUGGGAUGGACUGGAUGCACCGCCAUGUUGGGGUUUCUGAGUGUGUCGGCCAUAGUUCCAGUGAUGGUUCAUUUAGCCCCAAAUCCGAAAAGCAGGUAA